CCUUGGUAUAGAGAGGGGAAAAAAAAACGUUAAUCUUGAAGAAAAUUACAAAAAUUAAAACUUGAGAACGAAUUGAUGAGAUAAUUUCCCUCAAAUUUAUAUCUGGCCAGAGAUCUACUGAGAGAAACAGAGUACUAAACACAAAUUAAUUAAAUCCUAUAUAUUUUGUUUAGAGUCUUCGGAGCAACUUUUAAGUAAUUCAGAUAUCCAAGUUAAGGUGCACGGGUUAGGAGAGAAGGAUAUCGUUUUAGAGGGUGAUGCCCGAGUUUUGUGAUUGAAUCGGUUGUAAACUUGCACUGAACUCGCUUCUAAGACAAUGGCUAUACAACGACGCAACGAAGGCAAGUUUUGUGCAUGCAGUGGGAAUGAGACAGUAUGUAACUAGAGUUGGAGAGACCCCCAAGACUAAUGGAGCAAAGGCAAGCACUAGUGGAAAAAGUGUACAUGUAUGUGUGGUUGGUGGGCAUUCUAUGGUUGUCCACAUUUUCAUGGCUAACUUUUGAGGUUGAAGGAACAGGAGAGAAUGUUCUUGUGAAACAUGUUUCGUUCUUCGAUAGGGAUCAUGAUGGUGUUGUUUAUCCAUGGGAGACCUUCCAAGGAUUUCGUGCAAUUGGAAGCGGUCUUGCGUUAUCCACAGUUGCCGCCCUUUUCAUAAACAUGGGCCUCAGUGGCAAAACACGCCCGGGGAAAUUAUUUCCUAAUUUGUUGUUCCCUAUAGAGAUAAAGAACAUCGUCAAAGCCAAACACGGGAGUGAUUCUGGUGUCUAUGAUUCACAAGGAAGGUUUGUACAAUCGAAGUUUGAAGAUAUCUUUAGGAAACAUGCACGAACAAAUUCAGACGCUCUUACUUCUGAUGAACUUGGUGAAAUGCUGAAGGCAAACAGAGAACCAAAGGACUUUGGAGGAUGGGUCGGGGCCUUUUCAGAAUGGAAGAUUCUAUUUUAUCUGUGCAAGGACAAGAAUGGGUUGUUACAAAAAGAUACGAUUAGAGGAGUAUAUGAUGGAAGCUUAUUCGAGAAGAUGGAGAUGGACACACAAUCUGCUAAGAAACAUAAACAAGGUAUUCACAGAGGAGAUAAAUAAGUUAGCAUUGAUCGAAGUUGAUCUUCACUGGUCGGCACCAACUCGUUGUUGUGUGGCUAUAUAUCUCUAAGAGUUGGGUUUGUGUUACAAAAUGAUCUUCACUGGUCAUUUCGGUUACUGUGAUGUUUGUUUGGUGUUGUAAAUUAUGAAAUGCAUGAAUUAUUUGUACCUUAUUACAAGGAUGUAUAAUGUCUCGUCUUUUGGUCA